AUGCGUACCAACACCAUUUCAAACCUCGCCUUCUUGGCCUCUUCUUUGCUGGUUAAGGAUGUUAUCGCUGGUGUCGUCCACAACCACGCAAGACUCCACCAGAAGAGAGACAGCUACAUGAUCAUGGUCGAGGAGGAGGUGCAGAUCUCCAGAGGCGCUGAUGGAUCCUUCCACACUGGACGUCCUGUCCCAGUCCGUACUACCACGGUUCUCGUCAAGCCUUCUGCCACUCCCGUCGCAGAUGCUGCUCCAGCUCCAGCCUCCAGCAGCUCAGUAGCACCAGUCGUGGUCCCAUCCUCAUCACCUGCGGCCGCCUCGGUCGAACAAGUCAAAGCUGCGGCUGCUUCGCACGUCGUUGAGCCAGAGCCAACUACCACGGCAGUUGCUCCAGUCGUACCCACACCAGCUGCUACCACCCCCGCUACAUCAGUUGUUCGGGCAGCACCUACUACCUUGGCAACUUCAGCCGCUCCUGCUUCUACUGCAGCUUCUACACCUGUUUCAUCUGGUGGCAAGCGUGGUGUCGCAUUCAAUGAUAACUCCGUUCUCUCAGUAUUCAGUGGAAAGGCAAGCUGGUGCUACAACUGGGGACAAUCUGAGGGUACCAUUCCAAGUGGCUUCGAGUAUGUUCCCAUGCUUUGGGGUAACAAGGCUGGAUUCUAUGAUUCCUGGGCCUCAAACGCCAACUCGGCCAUCUCCUCCGGAUCCACUCAUCUCCUCGCCUUCAACGAGCCUGACUUGUCUGCGCAAUCCAACAUGGGUGUUUCCACUGCCGUUGCUGAUUACAAGACACACAUGCAACCCUUCGCAGGCAAGGCCAAGCUCGGUGCUCCAUCCGUUACCAAUGGCGGCGCCCCAAUGGGUCUUACUUACCUCAAGAACUUCGUGGACUCUUGCUCAGGCUGCACCAUUGACUUCGUCCCAAUCCACUGGUACAAUGGUGAUGCUCUCGACUCAUCCAUCUCCUACUUCAAGACCCACGUCGCCGAGGCCCACACUGCCGGAGGAAACAAGCCAGUCUGGAUUACCGAGUUCCAAUAUCUCGGAACUGACGAAGCUGGUUUCCUUGCUGAGAUCAUCCCAUGGUUGGAGUCUCAAGAUUUUGUCGAGAGAUACUCCUACUUCAUGGCGUCCGAUGGUCGUCUCAUAUCUGGAACCGCAUUGAGCGCCGUCGGAAAGGCUUACAUUGCAUAA